GGGAAUUUAAAGCAAGCUUUGACCAUGGCUACAUAAACACCAACCUGACACAUGAUAGGUGGUACGAGCCAUUUGGUAUUUUGGAUUAAGACAAUCAAGUGAAAAGGCUACAUGCAAUAGAAGCCAUGGCUGCAAAGAUCAUUAGUCUCCCAAUACUCACCUUGUUUUCAUUCAUUUUGCCACUUGCAAACUCCAUUGAUUUCCAUUAUCCCACUGUUUUCAACUUUGGUGAUUCGAAUUCGGACACAGGUGGGCUUGCUGCUGGGCUUGGCUUCCGCCUUGCCCCCCCAAAUGGACAAAUUUAUUUCAAGACUUCUUCAGGGAGAUUCUGUGAUGGUCGUCUCAUCAUAGACUUCCUCAUUAUUAACAACAAGAUAUGCAUGGCUACCAAGACAUGCAUACUCCAUGUUCUUUCCUUAAUUAUGUUCAUCUGUUUGCCUCUUUCCAAAUGCAUUCACUUCAACUUUCCUGCGGUUUUCAACUUCGGUGACUCAAAUUCUGACACGGGCGAGCUUAUUGCCUCCGGGAUUGAGAGCCUCGUGCCUCCUAAUGGAGAGACUUACUUCCAAACUCCAUCUGGGAGAUACUGUGAUGGCCGUCUAAUCAUUGAUUUUCUUAUGGAUGCAAUGGAUCUUCCAUUUCUAAAUGCCUAUCUGGAUUCAAUUGGAGUGCCAAGUUUCCGAAAAGGCUGUAAUUUUGCAACUGCUGGUUCAACCAUACUUCCAGCAACCGCAACAUCUGUCAGCCCAUUCUCAUUUGGGAUUCAGGUGGCUCAGUUCCUCCGAUUCAAAGCUCGGGUUAUUGAACUGAUAGCUAAAAGCAAGAAAUUUGAGAAGUACCUCCCGAAAGAAGAAUAUUUUGAUGAGGCACUUUACAUGUUCGACAUAGGCCAGAAUGAUCUUGCUGGUGCUUUUUAUUCCAAGUCAUUGGAUCAAAUUCUUGCUUCAAUUCCAACAAUCCUGGUUGAGUUUGAAAAUGGAAUAAAGAAACUAUAUGAUCAAGGGGCUAGGAAUUUUUGGAUACACAACACGGGUCCCUUUGGAUGCUUGCCUCAGAAUGUUGCCAGAUUUGGAACUGACCCAUCAAAGCUUGAUGAGCUAGGAUGUUUAAGCGCGCAAAACCAAGCAGCUAAACUUUUCAACAUCCAGCUUCAUGCUCUCUGCAUAAAAUUGCAAGCCCAAUAUGUGGAUGCCAAUGUCACCUUUGUUGAUAUCUUUAACAUAAAAUUCAACCUCAUUGCAAAUUAUUCCCGAUACGGAUUUGAACAACCAAUUAUGGCUUGCUGUGGGUACGGGGGUCCACCAUUGAAUUAUGACAGUCGCAUUAGCUGUGGCCAAACAAAGAUCUUGAACGGGACUUCGGCCACGGCCAAAGGGUGCUCAGACAGCACUGAGUAUGUCAAUUGGGAUGGAAUUCAUUACACUGAGGCUGCAAAUCAGUAUGUCUCAUCACAGAUACUCACUGGAAAAUAUUCUGAUCCUCCUUUCGCGGAAAAGAUGCCUUUCCUACUGAAGCUCAAGUUCUGAAAAGAAUAUGCUUAUUAUUAUAUGAUUAUUUGUUCUUUGUCUCCCUCAUUUGUUGACUUCUAACAAGUAAUUGUAAGCUAUCAUUUGAAACCAGUUUCUGACGAGAAGUAUCUUGUGGCUGGAAACUAGUAAUACAGGGAAUGCACUUUAUCAUUUGAAGUGGGCUGCGUAGCUCUCACAACAGGUUAUAGCUUUAACUGUAAUUUCUAAAUGGGAUGGUGCUUCAACCAAAAUAUUGGAAUAAAAAAAAUGUGGUUUCGCUUGAAACGAUUCGGAUAA